AUGGGGGCCGUCCUUCCCUGGGGGCAGGGACGUAGGGAACCAGGCGGUGGGGAGGGAGAAAGGAGCGACGAGGUCAGAGGAAACCUUGGGUUUCCAAGGCUCCUGGGGCACCAAAGGGCUUCCCGCAGUCGGGGAAUUGAGCCCUGGGGAGGAGCCUUUUGCGAGAACGUGAGCGCGCCGCAACACGCCUCAGACCUCGUAAACCCACUUGGCAAAGACCGGGGAAGCGGCUGGCGGACCGACUGCGGUGAACUCAAGAAAUUAACCUGCGCUGCAAUUAAACGGGCUGCCGCCCUUUCACACUCACCUCGAGCGACCGAGAUAGAGAAAGCUCCCGAACCGGCCGCGGGGGGACCUGGCUCCACCCUCCCGUCCCGGGAGAAGAGGACAAAAAGGGGAGAUGGACUUGGAGUAGCCCCGCCCUUCACAGCGCUCCAAUCCUUGGAAACCAAACCUCCUCUCCAAGCCUCCACGUCUAGAAGGGACAAAGGCAGCGAGGAGAUCCAGAGACCGACGGGGAGAUGGUGGCUUUCAGGCUUCUGGUGUGGGUGCAUGGGGGAAAGGUACAAUGGUUAAGUUUCCAUCCCAAAUACGGCACCACACGAUGGUCUUGAGAAGACACACUCGGUCUUCUGGUUUAGAAGCAAAUUGACUUCCUGAAGCUGUGAAGCGAACUAUCGCAAAACUCUCUUGCUUCUUGAAUGUGGGGACGAUACAAAUUCAAUUAAUGAUGCCAUACACGUAAUCUUUUCGACUUUUUAGAAGUCACAAACGCUUUAACUCUCCAAUGAAAAUAAUUGAAAGAGGUUAAACAUAAGGGGAAUGGGCUUUUUUUUUUCUUGUUUUUAUUUGGGACAAUUUUUCAAAUGAUAAAACUGUAUAAAUAGAAGCUGGGUCAGUCAAGGAAAGCGCCGUGGCUGAAGAUUUUCGUAAAAACCUUAGUAAACGUGGCAUUUAAGUAACUAAUUAUGCUUUGCCAUUAGCAGACCAUUAAGAUAAACAGGAGAAAGUUCACACCUCCUGCUAUUUCGUUCCCUAAGAAUAGUCACAAAGAUAAUACCAGGCUAGUUGGUGGGUUAUUUUCUCCAUUAGGAGGGUUAAUGUUUAAAUUUGUUAAUUAAAAUACAAAAAAUUUGGUUUCCUACACAGCCAACGUUGUGAGGGAAGUCUCACGGGGACAUCCUGACUCCUUGAAAUUUACCUUUUGUUACUUUAUCCUGUGGCAUUAUCCCCUGGAGUCAUAUAGGGUUUCAAGACUGUUAAUGUUGCAGGGAAUGUGAGUGAAUAUGUUAGAAGUCUGGACUUUCUUCUCCCUUAUCAUAGGUGACUGGCAUACACACUCCUCAUAAAGAGAAGUUAUGGCUCAUCAAAAGAGUGACUUUAUGAGCAUUAAUAGAAUAAUAAAUCUUGUACUUUUAGUUCAAGAAACAGUGAAGUCCUAUAAUCAGAGUGACCCACGCAAAUAUGAUCCAUUCACUUGCCCAACUCUUAACAGGAUACGGAUAGUCUAUAAAUCAUUUUAGUUUUUAAAACCUUAAAAAAGGAAGGCACCCAAAUCUCCCAAAGGAAGGUGUUUAUGGGGGGAAAGGGACUUCUAGCAAACCUGCAGGAAGAGAUCAUGGAAAAACGAACAGUCGGUCCAGAAGCUGAAUUAGAUAGAAUUUCCACCGAAACAAGAAUGGAUAGAUGUUCUAAUGUCAUUGUUUCAGUAUUUAUGUUCUAUCAUUUAAAAAGAGAAAAGUCUUCCUGCUUCCUGAAAGCUAUCCAAAAAAAAAAAAAAUCCAGUUGAUAGCCCCGUUUUCUAAAUUCCAGCUGGAAAACUAUUCAAGUUGAUGAUUUUAGCAAAAGAAAGAGUAGGUGAAUACAAUAUGGCUUUUUAACCACAUUUUACACAUCUCUUUGUGGUAUUUCCCUGCCUAUGUGAAACUUCCUUUCUAUGCAAUGCAAUGUAGUCUUUUUACUAGUUGAGUUUGCUUGUGAUUUUUCAAUGAGUUAUCUAUUUUGAAUUCUUGUGAUCUUUACUCGUUGGAAAUUACUCAGUCUUCAAAAAGUUUUUCUUAAAACUUCAAAUUGGAUAAUUAUGGACCUUCCAAAUAUCAAAAAAGUGAAGUCACUAGCACACCUUCUUUCUAAUUUCUUACAGAAAAAUCAAUAUGUUGUCAUAAACCCAUAUUUAAACAUAUAUAACUAGGUAACUAGUGUCCAUGCCUAGGGAAAAGUGACUAACAGAAGACAAAGGUGGAUGAUUCAUGAUUCUGAACAGCUUUCAAAGGAAGAGACACUGCAAUAACUUAUAUUAAACUUACUCCAUAUGAAUCUUUGUAUAUAUGCCUUUGGAUACCAAAGAUGUUUCAAUAGUGAUAUUCUAAAAUUCAAAAGAAAGUCUUUCUUCCAUAGGUAGUAGUUAAAUUUACAGUUCUAUCAAACUAGUUAUUGUAAUAUGUAAUGUGUAAUUUCAUUCAAUCAUUGAGUAUUUGUUUAGCAUCUGUAUUAUGCCAUCUCAGAACUGAGUACUAGGGAUACGAAGAUGAAUAACUGAAAUGAGUCAAAUUUUUGAUGCAUGAUCAACCACUAGCUUCUAUAUAACAUUACUUGGAUAUAAAACUUCAGAUUUUUUACUCAAAAGCAAUACCAGGAUUUGGCCUAUGAUGAAACUAUAAUUAAUUUGAAUAUUUCUGUUCUCACAAUGAAGCUAUUAAGGAGUAAUAUUUUGUCAAAAUAAAAUUUUUGGAGUUCGUUGUAAAGCCAAUGUGUUGGCUUAACUCAUAAUUUAACAUGAAAUUCUCCCUCAAAGAGAUAUUUUAUUUUAUUUUAUUUUAUUUUAGAUGGAGUCUUGCUCUGUCGCCCCAGCUGGAGUGCAGUGGUGCUAUCUUGGCUGACUGUAACCUCUACCUCCCGGGUUCAAGGAUUCUCCUGCCUCAGCCUCCCAAGUAGCUGGGACUACAGACAUGCACCACCACACCCAGCUAGUUUUUGUAUUUUUAGUAGAGACGGGGUUUCACUAUGUUGGCCAGGCUAGUCCCAAACUCCCAACCUCAAGUGAUCCGCCCACGUCAGCCUCCCAAAGUGCUAGGAUUACAGGCCUGAGGCACCUCGCCUAGCCAAUCUUUUUAAAAGUGCAAAAUAACAACCUUAGAUCAACUAGGGUUAGAUUAACCAAAUUCUGAAGACAAGACUCAAGUGAAAGAUUGCCCAUUUGUUGAAGCAUCACUUCCAGCAGAAAGACCAGCAUUUCCAGGUUCUUACUAUUUGUUCUCUAUCUGAAGCUUAGAGAAAGGAAGUGAUUUAUUCAGGAACGCAGAGCUGGUAAGGAGCAGUCAGCCCUAUAGUCUACACUUCAAUGGUAGUUUCUCCAAAGUUAUCAUUCUCAUAUCAUAUUCAAGAUUUCUUCUUAUUCUUUUUCUUUUUUUGGGGGGAUAUAUUUUCACGUAACUUGGUCCUGUUAUUUAAUUAAUAUACAUUUUUAAGGUCAACUUUAAAAAUUUUUUAACUUCAUCAUAAGCAAUAAUAUUCACAAAUCACAGCUCUGAUGGGCUAUUUAUACAUUUUCAAUGCAUAUCAAAAUACAUACACUGUUAUCAAAAUUGAAAGAAAGAUUUUUGGAGUAAAAAAUGUCUGAUCGUAUACUUGCUAAACUGUAUGCUAAUGGUAAGGAGUGAGAAAGAUGGGGAGGAAAGUGUUGUUACAAUUUGUGUUUGUGUGUGUGUGUACAAACAUGAAUCACUUUUAUAAUUUAAAAAAUUUUACAGAAAAAAUUAUGUGGCAUAGUAGUGGUUAGUAUAUCUCCAAAUUAAGUCAUUCCUUUGUAUAUUCUUAAUAGGAAAUAAAAAUUAGCAUGAAUCUUUUUUAGAGCAAUUUAACAAUAUACAUUUAAAGUCUUUAAAUGUUCACACUUUAGUGCCCUUAAUUCCUAUGCUUAGAAUCUACCUUAACAGAAAUGAAAAAAAAUAUAUAUAUAUAUAUAUAAGAAAUGAUAAAGUAAGUAAUCAAAAAUAAGUGAUUAAGAUAAGAGGACUAGUUAGGUAGAUAAUAAUCUAUUCCCAUUAUGACACAUUAAGUAGCUUUAAUUGUUUGAGAAUUUGCAAUUAAAUAGAAAAAUGGUCCAAUAUUAGGUAAAAGACCUGGAUACAAAAUUAUGAUCAUGAAUUACUUUUUUCAAAUUGUAUACCCCCAAAAUCACCUUGAAUGAAAAUAUACCAGCAUGUGAACAGCAAGUUGACUUCUGAUUAGAAAAAAUUUGGAAAAUUUAGAAGGUAUAGAUAAGCUAUGUAAGUUAUAUAGCUAUAUAAUGAUGUUUAUAUAUAUAUAUGCUAUGGAGUCAACUGCUUUGUUUGGACUGAAUUAUCAAUUAUCUUUUUAAGUAUUUAAAAGCAUUUUAAAGUUAAAUGAUAAAACCUACUUUGUAUAAGACUGGUAAUUGUAAAUGUGUCUCAAGGAACAUAUUAAUACUGCUAAUGAAAUAGUGGUACAAUAACCUUUUCACACAGAUAUUUUUCCCUUCACAGAUAACACAGGAAGAAGGUUUGAGUGGGCAUUUUAAAUAUAUUUUAUAUAGAAAAGAAAAUUUAGGACCAAAGAGAUUGAAUGAUUUAACCUAAGGUCUUCCAAUGCUAAUGGUAUAAAGACUAAAAUCCAGGUCUCUUAAUUCUUACUGUUACAUUUUGAAAUCUGUCAUUCCACUACAGUUGAAAAAUAUUACCAAAUAUUAGCAAAAGAAAAUUACUAAUGGCCAAUAUGAAAAAAGUUCAACAUAGCAUUUACAUUGUAUUAACUAUUAUAAGUAAUCUAGAGAUGAUUUAAAGUAUAUCAGAAAAGGUAUGUAGAUUAUAUGCAAAUAUUAUGCCAUAGUGUAUAAGAGACUUGAGCAUCCAUGGGGGUCCUGGAACUGAUAUCCUUUGGAUACCAAGGGAUGACCACAUACUGAAUGUUUGUGAGUGUGUGUCAUUUCCCAGUUGUUAAGAGCAUAUAUAAUUCUCAGUUGCUGAGAAUAUGAAAAAAUAGACCCUAUAAUUCUCUACUGGUGAGACUGGAACUAUGAAAAGUUUUAUUCUUUCCAGAUAUAUUAAAAGUCUUUUACCCAGGAAUUUAACUUUUGGAAAUUGAUUUAAAGAAAUAUUCAUGACUGUCAUCAAAAUUUUCUGUAUAAAGAGACUCAUUGUAGCAUUGAUAUCUAACAGCAAGUGAUCAAAGAAGUUAUAUCCAUUUAUGUGAUAGAAAGUUGUAUGCCUAUCAAAUUCUGUAGGAAAUGUCAAAUGACACUGAAAUAUUUAAAUGAUUUUUUGAUAACCAAAAAAACAGAUUUCAAAACAAUGUAUAUAGUAUUAUCCCAUAUUUGUAUGUGUGUGUGUGUGUGUGUGUGUGUAUGUGUGUGUGUGUGGCUAGGCACUGAAAAAUAAUCAGACAAGUAUAAUCAAAGUGUUAAUAGUAAUUUUUUCCAGGUAAUGUCAUUUUUUCUAGCAAAGUAAUUAUGUAUACAUUAUACAUUUUUUUCACUCUGGCUUUUCAGAUUUUUAAGCUUUUCUACAAUGAAUAUAUCACUUUUGCAAUUAGGAAAAGUUCAGAGCUUGCAAAUAAAUUUUGCCAGCAUAAAAUUUCUUCCAUAUCAUAAGACUGACCAAAUCAAAUGCUUUUCUAACUUAUAAUGUUAAUUGUGAGGUUUUGUUAAUCAUUAUUUAAACACACACACACACACACACCUUGAAAUUCUUGGUGAUAUAUCCAUUUGAUUUCCCAAACAGCCUUCACUCAGAAUUCAGGGUAUCCAGUAUGCAGUAUGCUAGCACAAAGUUGACUUUGCAUCUGCAGACUACCAGCCCAUGACUGAUGCCUUGUAGAUUUCAUGUUAUUUGCCCUUUCACCAUUACAUGAAAUCUACACAUACUCUCCUGUCCACUAGGUUGUGGUUUGAUUUCUCAGCGCAUUACUAAUAACAGUGUUUCAAAAAAGUUACUCAUUGGUUGUUUUUUUAAGUAUCUAGAAGGCAGAACAGGUUUAUUUUUAGCAUCUUUCUGAUGUUUAUGUUGAAAAUUUGCUCAUUCCAAACAACAGGUUUUAUGUGACCUUUCAGUGACUUAAUGUUUAGAACAAAGAUGAAACCAAAUCUAGCACUGAACACCUACUCACUGGUUUCCACCUCCUGCUUUUGCUAAUGAUGACCUUGGACAAGUGUCUUAAUGACUCCAUGCAUCAGUUUCCACAUCUGUAAAAGAGGAAUAAAUUAAAUACUGAUAGGAUUGCUAUGAGGAUUGAAUAACAUGUAUAUAAAGUAUAUGGGAGUCUGUAUCUGUAAGCUGAUAUGCUCUAAAUCCUUAAACCUUUACUGUGAGGCAGGAUAGAUGAAGCAAGAGCUCUAAUUUUGGAAUCAAGAGAGGUAUCUAGUCUAGAAAAUCAAAACCAUAUUAUGUAGCCAUGAUUUUAGAAAAACAAGCCAUUACUAUUUAAAUAAACAAGACAACAACAAUAAUUUAAAAUUUUUAACACCUAAACAUAAUGAAUGGUAUCUAAAUUCUUCUAUUGCUGUUGAUUUGCUGCUUACUAAUUCAUUUUGCCUUUUGCAAGAACUAAUCUACCAGUUAUGUGAGAGAGAGUAGGGCAAAAGCUAUUAUUUUUAAGUGUAAGAAAAAAACCUAAAAUCAAGGAAGCUUUGUUUGUUGAUAUCUCAAAUACAAGAAACAGUUCGGUAUGCUUAGAAAAAUCAAUAUUUUGUAGGAAUUGUUAUAAUAAAUAUAAAUUUAAAAACUACAGCAAAUAGGAAACAUUUUAUUUCACUUCAUUUUUUCUGUUAAUUGCACAGACCACCACUAUUCCUUGGUCUAGCUUCUAGUCAGCAGUGUUCUGCUGGAGCACAAUUGGAAAACCACUGAUCUAUUCCAGAUGAGAAAAUCGUCUCAAGGAAAAGUGAUUUGCCCAGGGUUACAUACCAAGUUAUUGAAGAAGCUAAGAUCCAGACCUACUCAAUCCCUCUUCAUGGCUAUUUCCACUACAUCCAGUUUGCCUAUCCUAGCAAAAGAGAUUUCCUUGAGCUGGUAUUGAACCAAAAGCUCAGUUAUCUUCUUUCCUCCCUUUCUCACUCCUUCUUUAACUUUCUCCCUCUGUCCCUCUCUGGCGUUUUCCUCCCUCCAUUCUUAGCUUCCUUCCUUCCUAAGGUUUCUCAGGAAUGAAAUCCUGUACUUUAUGUGACCAAUAAUAAUUAACUGCUUAGUCAAUCAGUACCUAAUUUUUAUGUUUUCUCUAAAUUAUUUUGAUGACUUUCAGUUCAUUUCAUUUUCUAACCUCAGAAGAUUAGUGGAAUAGCUAAUUGUGUUCUCUGUAUAUCUGUAUAUCAAUAUCUUCUGUUCUUUGGGAGUAUUUGGAGUUAUCCUCCACCUUUUUUUUCAUUUUUAAUCUAAAAUGAUUUUUAUAGGCUUAGGAUCAGGAAAUAAAAAAGACAAAAGAAACAUACGAUUUUUCACCUGGAAAAAUAUAAUUUUUUUAUUUCACGUAUAAAUAUAAAUGGACAAUAUAGCACUAUUCUGCAUGAUCAGGGAUCAUAUGAAAUACAAAUUGAUUCUUCUGGUCCUUUUGCAUUUAUUUUCUAACAUGGAACACUCACAAAGGGAUUAUUUCUAUUAUUCAAAAAGAAGGACGGUCAAUGUUCUCAUUUGCCGUAUGAUGGAACACAGAAUUUGAAAGUAGCUGGGACUUUCUGAAUGUUAAGAGAUUAUAGGAUCAUUUGGUAAUCACAUUAACUUUGCAAAUAUUAGAAUUGAGUGUCAAAGCAAUUGACAUGGAGAAAGAACAGCAAUAGUGAUCUUUAUUACCGUUUCCCUUGACUAUAUAGCCUGUAGCUAGCGUCUGUCCCAUUCACUUAGGAGAUGGCAAAAUGCAAGACAGCCCCAGCUGUCACCUGGACAACUCAGGAACAUAACCCCUUAUCAGGCAGAGGGAUGUAGUGUUUGUAAGAGACGGUGCACAGAGGCUGUGUUUGUGUUUGGAGUCUGGGAAAAGCCCCAACGUACUGCAUCAGUAACAGGAAUCUCAAACAUCUGUAAAUGAUGCUCACAAAGCAUUUCCACACACAUUUCGAAAACUGUUCUCACAACUGUGACAUGAAGAUUAUUUCCUCUGUUUUAUAUUUGGAGAAACCAAGGCUCAAAGUGGUUCAGUGACUUUCCCCAGAUCAUUCAACUAGCACUGGGAGUUGAACUCAGAACUGAUUCCAGAUAGCACCCACCAGCUUUCCUCAUUUUCAAGUAUUAAACUCCUGAUAUAGCAUGGUAAUAUGUCUUUUGCAUUUAUGCGUGUAUAUGUAUAUAUGUAUAUAUACAUGUUUUUUGAUUAUGUAAGUAAUAUAUAUUAUAGAAAAUUUAGCAAACACAGAAAAGUCUGAAAAAAAGAAAAAUAUUUAACCUUCAAACACAGAACUGUAACUCUUUCCUCUGUAUUUCUCCCUUUGUGAUUUGACAGUUUGUGUCCUUUGUUUGUUUUUUUUGUUUUGUUUUGUUUUUGUUGUUGAGACAGAAUUUCACUCUUGUUGCCCAUGCUUGAGUACAAUGGCGCGAUCUUGGCUCACUGCAACCUCUGCCUCCCAGAUUCAAGCGAUUCUCCUGGCUCAGCUUCCUGAGUAGCUGGGGUUACAGGCGCCUGCAACCAGGCCAGAAUAAUUUUAUUUUGUAAUUUUAGUAGAGACAGGGUUUCACCACAUUGGCCAGGCUGGUCUUGAACUCCUGACCUCAGGUGAUCCGCACUCCUUGGCCUCCCAAAGUGCGAGUGCUGGGAUUACAGGCAUGAGCCACCGCGCCCGGCCCUCUUUGCUUAUUUUUUACUGGUAUGAUGUGUGAGUGUCACACUGAUUUAUGAUGUUAAUUUGUAGAUUAAGAAUUUUAGCCCCUUAUAAUAUGUAAUAAAAUAGUUUUCUUAGUUUUAAAUUU